AUGGACCUUGUCCAAACGUUUCGAGUCAGUUCAACCGAACCUCUGAGUCCUCGCAAGAUCGACCGAAUCAAAAAGGAGCUCGAGGAAGAUCGUGGAUACUCGUCGGAUGGCGGGAAAGUUAGUAUUUCUCAUACAAGCCUGCAGGUCUUCGGCACCGAUACAAGCCCUGCGCAGCCUCCACGAGCACCGCAUGGAUCGCAUUCUCCUCAGACAUCCUCGACGCACCGUGCAUCACCAUCUCCUCAGUCAUCUCCACCUACUACCCGCCCAACUCUACCCUCCCGUACGACAUCACCAAAUGGGAAGCCGGAGAAAAUCCUCUUCUAUCAUGCCCAUGAUCCGUACUAUGGGUUCACCAAUUUCUCUUCCGAUCCAAUCGAGUACAAAGGAAAGACGUACCCUACGAGUGAACACCUCUUCCAGUCACUGAAGUUCAUGGAACACCGCCCCGAACUAGCAGAGCACAUAAGAACCUGUUCUACACGCCCGCGUGUGGUCUUUGACGAAACCCACAGGUUCAAUCCUGAAGUGCGAUCUGAUUGGCUGCAAGUCAGGAUCGAGAUGGCAAGAAUCAGUUUCAUCUGCGAUUCCAUGGAUCUCGUUCUCUGGCACAAAUUCACGCAGAACCGACAUUUGAAGGAAGAGCUGCUCUCCACUGGAGAUGCAGAGCUUGUCGAGGAUUCCGAUAAGGACUCAUUCUGGGGCGUCGGAGCAGACCGGAAAGGCCAAAACCAGUUGGGCAAGGCGCUGGGAAGGCUUAGGACCAAGCUGAGGGACGAGCAGAGUGCAGGAAGCAAGGCUCUGACGCUGUUGAAGAAGACCGUCGGACGUUGA